CCGUCACGUGACGCGACCACGUGACUGUGUCAAAGUUGAAAGUCAAACAACACUGCAGCUCUUCAGCAUGGCGGUGCAAGCAGGACACAGAGCCCUGCUGCAAGCCCUCCGAGUGCAGGCACCGGGCCGGGCCGGGGUGUGCCGGCUGCUAGGAGCCUCCUCCGGGUGCAGACAACAUGUCUGCUCCGGUACCGGCUCGCUCUCUCCUCUGCCGGCGACACGACACUACAGCUCGGACGCGAAGGAGGACCUCCGAGUCAGGCACCUGGACGGAGAGGACUCCGGUAUCGUUGUCGUCGGGAUAAAUCGGCCAAAAGCAAAGAACGCCAUAAGCAAAAAUCUGGUCAAUUUGAUGCUUGAAGCUGUGGAGAGUAUCAGGAAGAACAACAAGGUGCGCAGUGUCAUUAUCUGCAGUGUGGUUCCUGGGAUCUUCUGUGCAGGUGCAGAUCUGAAGGAGAGGGCCAAGAUGCAGCAGAGUGAAGUGGGACCGUUUGUGUCCAAAGCCAGAUCCCUCAUCACAGAGCUGGGUAACCUGCCAGUACCAACGAUCGCUGCGAUCGAUGGAGCCGCCUUAGGAGGAGGCUUGGAAAUGGCGCUUGCCUGUGACAUCAGAAUUACCUCUGAUACUGCGAAGUUGGGGCUGGUAGAGACCAAACUUGCGAUUAUUCCUGGAGCAGGCGGUACGCAGCGUCUCCCCCGUGCCAUCGGUGUGUCCCUGGCGAAGGAGCUGAUCUUCGCCGCCCGGGUGGUGGACGGAGCCGAGGCGUGUCGUCUGGGCCUCGCCAAUCAUUCUGUGGAGCAGAACAAGAGCGGAGACGCCGCCUACCUGAGGGCGCUGGAGCUCGCCCGUGAGAUCAACCCUCAGGGUCCCAUCGCAGUAAGGAUGGCCAAACUGGCGAUCAACCAGGGGAUCGAGGUGGAUUUAUCUACAGGUCUAGCCAUUGAAGAAGCAUGCUACGCCCAGGUGAUCCCCACUAAAGACCGGCUGGAGGGUCUGGCUGCUUUCAAGGAGAAGAGGCGUCCUCAGUUUAAGGGCGAGUGAAGCCCCCCCUGCUUCCAGCAAAGGAUCACAAAGUGCUGCAUCCAGCUCUCCUACUACUCCACUGCUUCCAACACAUUUAUGGGUCAAACUGUCAGGUCAGCACUGUGCAGGACCCAGAGGCCGGCUGCAGGGCAUCAGUGGUCCAUCAGGGGCCCCUUCUAGUCCUUACAGGGACUCCACGGUUCAGGUGUAACGCUGGGUGUGUCCAAUACAACCAGACAUACUAACCAAUCAUUGGCUCACAAUACUUACUUAACUAACUGAAAACAUUCAUGUGGUUAUUCCUCUGUGCGCUGUGAUGGACAGUAACCCCUCUGACUAAUGAACCAAUUAAAGAGCCAUCUACAUUUCUAGUUUAUCGCUUUUUUAAAAAACUUAAAUAGAAAUGUAUUACUCUGUUGAAAACACUAGCUAACACCAGAGGAGUCUGCAUGAAAUAAUAAAACAAACUCUGUCCAGAGGGAGCAAUAUAGGAUCUGCAGUGUUUGGAUUUCUUUCUGAUUUUAGUGCCUCAAGAACUAAGUGUAACCAUGACGCAUUGGCUGAAAAUGAAAGGUGUUUAUACGUCUCACUGACACAUGGGCGUAGCGUGUAGUACUAGUUGAUUAGAAAUAAUUCAGAAGAUUGGUUAAAUGAUUUAAAAUACUUUACCUUUUUAAAAUGACAUAAUUACAAGAAUGACAAUUUGCAAAGACAUGAUUUGGAGCUUCAAACGUUUGUUAUUUGGCAAAAGAAGUGGAUGAAAAACUCCAGGUCCACUGGCCACUUCACACUGAGAUGCUUUCCCGGUUGAAUUGACUGAGAGAGCUUUAGUGGGAAGUGUGGAAGUGGACCUUGAGGUUUUACGAGUCGAAUUGUAUAUACAUUUUUUAAGACGUGUUAUUUUCCGAGCCGCCCUCGACUUCUUUUGUUUCCGUGUCGAUGAAUGAAUCAGCCUCUGUGAAGAUUAUUUUACGUGAGUGGAUAUAAAUAAAACUUGUCUCACACUGAAA